AUUAUUGCGUUUCCUUUAGUGGUCUAUAAACAACUAGCAAAAGAAGACUUGUGCCAAAACCUUGAGAAGACUUUGGUGAAGGAGGAAAAAGACGAAGCAAACGCAACAAUGGCUGACCCUGUAAUUGGUGCUACAGUUCAAGUUUUGCUUGAAAAGCUGCUUUCUCUCACUAUUGAGAAAGUCAGUAGCUCAAGGGAUUGCAACAAACAUCUUAGAAUAAUGACACAAGAUGUAUCCAUCAUUCAAGCGUUCAUUCAUGAUGCUCAAAGACGACAAGUUGACAACGAUCAGGCUGUGGAAAAAUGGCUCAUGAGGCUUGAGAGAGUUGCUGAAGAUGCUGAAAAUGUGCUUGAUGAAUUCACAUAUGAAUCUCUCAAAGCACAAGUCCGAAACAGUCCAAUAAGAAAGGUCAGUGGAUUCUUUUCUCAUCCUGCUUUUAUAAGCAAAAUAUCUCGAAAAAUCAAAAACAUAAAUGAAGAGUUGAGGGCUAUCAAUCAGUUAGCCAAAGACCUUGGUCUCCAAUCACUCAUAGUUCCUUCUCAGCAAAUAGUACCGAUGAUUCGAGAAACAGAUUCCUUAGUAGUUGCUUCAGAUGUUGUUGGUAGAGACAACGAUAUUGCUGAAAUUAAGGAGAAGAUGUUGAACAUGAGAGAGGAAGUUGUACUGUGCGCCAUUCCCAUAGUCGGCAUGGGGGGUUUAGGGAAAACUACUAUUGCUAAGAGAAUUUUCAAUGAUGAAGAGAUCGAAAAACACUUUGAAAAGAGAGUUUGGUUGUGCCUACCUGAAAUGUCAGACACUAAGAGCUUUCUUGAACAGAUCCUCCAAUCAAUGACGGAGCGAAAACUUGAGGUCCAAACCAGGGAUAUAAUAGUGAAGAAACUCCGAGAUGAACUAGGAGGAAAAAGAUAUUUGCUUGUCUUAGAUGAUUUGUGGCGUGUUGACCUUCCAGUGUGGGAUGAGUUCAUGGACAGCUUGAGAGGAAUAAACACUUCCAGAGGAAACUGCAUUCUUGUGACGACUCGUAUGAAACUUGUGGCAUCCACAGUAGCAGCAGUAGGUCCUCAUAUGUUGGAAAAAUUAACAAAAGAUCAUUGUUGGUCGAUUUUCAAACAAAGAGCAUUUGUUGAUGGGGCAGUUCCGGAGGAAAUAGUGAGCGUGAAGAACAGGAUUGUUGAAAUGUGUCAAGGUCUACCGUUGGCAGCAAGUGUGUUGGGAGGCCUCUUGCGCAACAAGGAGAAACAUGAAUGGUGGUCUAUUCUUGAUGGAAACCCCCUUGUUGCUGGUGAAGAUGAUAAUGGAGAAAAUAGCUUAAAGAAAAUCUUAAAACUCAGCUAUGUUUAUCUACCAUCACCGUAUCUAAAAAAAUGUUUUGCUUACUUUGCAAUGUUUCCAAAAGAUUUCUUGUUUGAAAAGGACCAACUUAUCCAACUCUGGAUGGCAGAAGGGUUUCUCCAUCCAUAUCAAGAGAUCACCGUGAUGGAAGACGUUGGGCACAAGUUUUUCCAAAUCUUGUUGCGUAAUUCCUUGCUGCAAGAGCUAGAUGAGCACAACAAUAUAACAUACUGUAAGAUGCACGAUCUUGUGCAUGAUUUGGCUGGAGAUAUCUUAAAAUCUAAACUAUUUGAUCCGAAGGGCAAUGAUGGAGAAAAACUUUCUCAAGUUCGAUACUUUGGAUGGGUCUCACCAAGUGAUCAAAUGGAUAUGAUAAAUGAGCCAGGACGUUUGUGCACAUUGUUCUGGAAAAGCAAUAUAUCUGAUGAUAUGUUAUUGAGCUUUCAGUUCUUGAGAGUCUUAAAUUUGUCCCAAUCAGGCAUCAUGGAGUUGUCAGCCAAAAUCAGCAAGCUAAUAUACUUGAGAUAUCUUGAUCUCUCCAACACUAAGAUCAGAGCCUUGCCCAACUCCAUUUGCAAGCUCUACAAUUUGCAAACACUUAGAGUCAAAAACAUUUUUUCAUUCUGGAAGCUUCCAGAAGAAAUGGCAAAUAUGAUAAGUUUGAGACACAUAGAUUGCAACUGGCAUGACCUAUUAGGUAUUCACAUGCCACUUAAUAUGGGGCAAUUGACUAGUCUUCAGACGCUACCGUUUUUCAAUGUAGGUUUAAAGAAGGGUUGUCGAAUAGAAGAAUUAGGUCGUUUGAAAAACCUUAGAGGUGAAUUGACAAUCAGAUGUCUCCAAUUAGUCAAAAAUAAAGAAGAGGCUCGAACAACAUAUUUACAGGAGAAACCAAAUAUCUACAGGCUGGCAUAUUUAUGGUCCCUUAAUGAAUCAGAAGGCUGUGAGAUCAAUCAUGAGCAUGUGUUGGAUGGUCUUCAACCACAUUCUAACUUGAAAACCUUAGAAGUGGUGAACUAUUUCGGGACUAUAUUUCCUUCAUGGUUCACUGAAGGAGAAUUGAUACCAAAUUUGGUCAAGUUGAUAUUAAGUGGUUGCGAAAGGUGUAAAGAAAUUCCAUCUCUUGGUCAACUGAAGUUCCUUCGGCAUCUUGAGCUGAUAGGAUUCCUUGAAUUGAAAUGCAUCGGACCUACAUUUUAUGGUGUUGAGAUCAAUGAUAAUGGAUCAAGCAGCAAUAAUGGCAAUAUCCAUGUGUUCCCGUCAUUGAAAGAACUAGUAUUAGAGAAUAUGCGUAGCCUUAUUGAGUGGAAGGGAGAUGAAGUUGGAGUAAGAAUGUUUCCUAGGCUUGAGAAGUUGACGAUUACAGGCUGUCCAUUGUUAAAAAGUACUCCAACUCAAUUUGAAAUCCUGCGUGAAUUAAAAAUCAAAAGAGUUGACAGUGAAUUGCCAUUGUUGAACUUGUGCAGCAACUUAACAUCUCUUGUGGAUCUUUUUGUUGAUCACGUGAAAGAGCUCACUUGUAUACCCGAUGAGAUGCUACGCAACAACAUUUCUCUUCAACUCCUAUCAGUCUCAAAAUGUGGAGAGUUUCGUGAAUUGCCACAAAGCUUGUACAAUCUUAAGAACUUGCAAAUAUCCGACUGCCCCAAUUUAACUUCUGUUCCUGUUCCCAGUGGAGAGAAUUAUUUCAGUUCUCUAGAGGUUUUGUGUGUCUACCGUUGUGAGAACUUGGUUUCCUUGCCUUUACAUGUGGGGGAAAUGCCUUCACUUUCCUAUUUGGAUAUAUCAGAAUGUCCCAAAUUGAUUAGUUUACCCUCAGGGGGCCUUCACCAUCUCACUGGGUUAACGAAUCUGGGAAUCGGUCCUUUCUCAGAGAUGGUGGAUUUUGAGGCAUUCCAAUUGAUUUUUAAUGGCAUUCAGCAGCUGUUGUCCCUUCGUACAUUGAACUUGUGGGGACACUUGCACUGGGAUUCUCUGCCCUAUCAGCUUAUGCAACUCUCUUCCUUAGCAGACAUCCGUAUAUAUGAUUUCGGAAUCGAGGCUCUUCCUCAUAGAUUUGGCAACCUUACUUCUCUUGAAUCAUUGGGACUUACGAGGUGCAAACGGCUACGACAUGUGGACUUCUCAGAUGCCAUGCCCAAAUUACGGUAUCUGUCCAUGAAUGAUUGUCCAUUGUUAGAAGCUCUGUCGGAUGGGCUUGGCAACCUUGCUUCUUUGGAACAUGUAACUUUGCAGAACUGCGAAAAACUAGAGCGUCUGCCAUCCAGAGAUUCCAUGCGACGCCUCACCAAUUUAAGGUACCUCGACAUUUAUGGCUGCCCACGGUUAGAAGAAAGUUGCACCAAUAGGAGUGGCCGAAACUCCCAGUGGUCCAACAUUUCCCAUAUUCCACAAAUUGAACUAGGCAGUCAGAUAAUUCAGGAUAGACGUUACUAGUUCCAAGGUCAUGCUAGAACGGCUAGAACGUCGAUGUGGUAAAUCAAGCCAAAUCCCAUGAGCGGAAGGCAAGUACAUUAGGUUACUAGAUACAAGGCCACGUAAAACGUCGUUAUGAUAUAUCAAGUCAAAAUCCAUGGGCAGCAAUCACGUUAGAGGAACCACCACUUUUAUUUUGUAUGACGAACAGAAUCUUCAGUUGUAGACUCAUCGCGAAACAGUUUCAUGAGUAUUUGGGUACUAAACAACCUUUUCGGGGAACUGAAGUCUACAUAUGAAACAUCAAAUCACUCAAAGUAUACACGGUGCUCAAUGAGAAGCUACACGAUCCUCUGUCUUUCCAUGGCUGAGUUUGCCUUUUUAUUCUCCAUAAUCUCAGCAUAUGCCAUAUCUAUUCAGGUUCUAUGAAGAAGAUAAUGAAUGAUCAGUCACCAUUGAAAUCUGUUAAUGAGGUAUCAGAUUGGCACAUUUUGCUUCAGUGGUGAUUGUGGCUGCAGGAAAAGUGAAAGUUCAAGGAUCCGACGUUCCUCCUCCUAUUCGUGGCUAGCUUGAUUCAGAUUGCUAUUCGCUAUUUGAUUGGUGAGUCCUCAUACUCCGAGGACAAAGCCAUGAAGAUGAUUUAUUACUUUUAUUGUUUACUCUUGAGACUUUGUACGUGGUGUAUGGGUUAUGUUCCAGCCACUCUUAUGAUGUUUGGUAAUGGUUUGUCAAGACAUAGUUGUGAUUCCACAUAUGAGACGUCUUACUCAAACUCUCUUAUGGUAUAUUCUAUUGUAGUGUAUGUAUGUCAAGUGGCUUGUAUAGGGCCCUCUCAGGGUCCUAUACGUCAUGUCCCGUCUAGAAUAUACUUUGGGUUGUGACACUAGGCGACCUGGGAUUGGAGUUGGUUUGAGCUUGGAGUGUUGUACUGAUUACUUGGCAGUGGAGGUUGUUCCACGGUGGUUUUGAUGAUUGUUAACAUUAGAUCCUUCGACAACUCUUUCUAGUCAUAGAUUAAAGGUCUGGUCAUGUUGCUCAUGAUCCUCUACAGAGUUGAUCCCUACUAUU